CUCUUGAACAAUGAAAGGCCUAUUGUUGUCAAAGCGCUAUUAUUUGACAAUCGCAGUCAACGAAUCAGUACGAGGCGUACCUGACUCUUCGAAGUUGGUGCGAGGCUGUUGCAGUACACAAAGGGUAGUGAUCGAGACCAGGAAUUUUCGCUGCAUUGUGGACGAUAUUAUUUGCGCGAUCCUGAUCAGCAGUAAGGUGAGACCGACUUCACCAGUCGCUUAUUCAGAGGCCUUAUCAUUCUUGAUAUAGCUCAAGAGUUGUCAGUAAUUGAAAUUAACAAUAACGAAGAAUUAAUUGUUAAAGAAUGCAAUCAAAACUUAAGCGCACAACAGAUACCUUCUGAUAUAAUUAAUUCUGAUCGCGCAAUGAGAAACUAAAAUUUUUGCUGGCAAUAAUAGGUACCGACACUAUUUUCGAAGCCGAGUAAUCUUAGCGUGUGUCUUGAAGAUUUUUUCGUGACUGUCUGGUAAACCGAGUAAGGUCACAAAAAUUAGCACGUGACAUCUCAUAAUUUGAAAAUUUUACUGUAUAAACAGGGAUUAUAUCAAUAGCAGACAGUGGAUAGAGUCUACCGAUAUUCAACCCAGAUAUGGAUGAAUCAGGACAUAAGCGUGAAUUCAUGUGGGGGAUUGAAAAUGACUAUGACACCGAGGAUGAUGAUUAUUGUUAUUAUGACAGUGAUGAGGAUGAUGAUGAUGAUACAGUUCUAGCAGAGAAACUGGCAAAGUAUUUGGAAACCCGUUACUCAAAGGUCAACCAGCUCAGCUCCAGUGAGAGAAAAUCCACAAAUCUUAAAGAAACAGAUGUGAAUGAAGUGGUUCAUAACUGUGAAGUCAAGCAGAGCAUCGCAUAUGAUAAAGGUGGUGCUGACGUUAGUAAUACUGUGGUAGCAGAGAAACAAAUAGAAGAGGACGCAUCACAUUAUUCAAAGGACAACAGUUCCAGCUCCAAAGAGAGAAAAUUAACAGAUCUUCAGGAAACAGAUGUGGACGACGUGGUUCAUAAUAGUGAAAUUAGGCAAAGUAUUGCUAAUGAUGAAGAUGGUGGUGACAGUGUUAAUAAUUCUAUGUUAGAAGAGAAACAAAUAGAGGAAGACCAAUCACACUAUUCAGAGGACAAGAAGUCAGAUUCUGAUAAGAGUGAAUUUACAUAUCUUCAGAAAACAGAUAUGGAUGAAGUGGUGGAGAAACUCAGGCAAAGGAUUUCAAAUGAAGAUGGUUAUGACAUAAAUAACACUGUGAUAGGAGAGAAACAGUUAGAGGAUGAUCCAUCACAUUACUCAGAGGAUAACAAGUCAUGCUCCAAAGAGAGCAAAUUUACAAAUCUUCAGGAAACAGAUGUGAAUGAAAUGGUUUAUAACUGUGAAGUCAAGCAGAGCAUUGCAAAUGAUAAGGGUGGUGAUGACAUUAGUAAUACUGUGGUAGUAGAGAAGCAAAUAGAAGAGGACCCAUCACAUUAUUCAAAGGACAACUGUUCAAGCUCCAAAGAGAGAAAAUUAAUAGAUCUUCAGGAAACAGACAUGGUUCAAAACUGUGAAAUUAGGCAAAGUAUUGCUAAUGAUGAUGGUGAUGAUACUGUUAAUAAUGCCGUGUUAGAAGAGAAUCAAAUAGAGGAAGACCAAUCACAUUAUUCAGAGGACAAGAAGUCAGAUUCUGAAAAUAGUGAGUUUACAUGUCUUCAGAAAACAGAUAUGGAUGAAGUGGUGGAGAAACACAGGCAAAGGAUUGCAAAUGAAGGUGAUGAUCACAUAAAUAACGUUGUCUUAGCGGAGAAACAGUUAGAGAAAGAUCCAUCACAUUACUCUGAGGGUAACAAGUCAUGCUCCAAACAGAGCAAAUUUACAAAUCUUCAGGAAACAGAUAUGAAUGAAAUGGUUUAUAACUGUGAAGUCAAGCAGAGCAUUGCAAAUGAUAAGGGUGGUGAUGACAUUAGUAAUACUGUGGUAGUAGAGAAACAAAUAGAAGAGGACUCAUCACAUUAUUCAAAGGACAUCUGUUCAAGCUCCAAAGAGAGAAAAUUAACAGAUCUUCAGGAAACAGAUGUGGUUCAAAACAGUGAAAUUAGGCAGAGUAUUGCUAAUGAUGAUAGUGGUGAUAGUGCUAAUACUGCUGUGUUAGAAGAGAAACAAAUAGAGAAAGACCAAUCACCUUAUUCAGAGGACAAGAAAUCAGAUUCUGAAAAGAGUGAAUUUACAUAUCUUCAGAAAACAGAUGUGGAUGAAUUGGUGCACAAACUCAGGCAUAGAAUUGCAAAUGAUGGUGGUGAUGAUGUCAUAAGUAAUGCUGAGCGAGCAGAGAAACAGUUCGAGGAAGAUCCAUCACAUUACUCAGAUGAUUACAAGCCAUGUUCCAAAGAGAGCAAAUUUACAAAUCUCCAGGAAACAGACGCAGAAAGUACAAACAACUGCUCUUGUAAUGUUUUGGGGAAUAGUGAAGUAUCAGCCAAACAUGAUGCCCAUGUUGAAGAUGAGACUGCAGUAAGGAACUUUCAAAAUCUCAGAGAUAUGGAUAUGGAUAAUGGACUUAAUGUUGAGCACAUUUUGUCUUGUCUGAAAAGUUUACAGUGUCCUUUUGUUUGGAAGCCUGAUAAAGAAGUAGAGAUGCAUCCAAGAGGUGAAAUUCCAAUUAAUUUAGCUCAACAUUUAACAGAGAAAGAGAGGGGAUUUAUUCGCAUGGAAACAGAUUUAUUCAGGGAAGUCACUAUUUAUCUUGUUCUGGCCUAUCACAAAUGUAUUACAAUGUUGCCAAAGGAAGGACUACUAGAUAUUCAGCAUUGCUAUGACAUUUUGUUAAAAGCAGAAAAGGAAAUUCUUAAUGUAUCAGUAGUACAAGCAGAUGAGGACAGCAGAAGAAAAGACACAAAUAUUUCAAAUGUGUUAACAUCUAUGGAAGAGACCCAAAAUCUUCCACUAGCAAAUUGUGGAGUUUCGGCAGUAUCGAGUAACUGUGGAAAAUCAUCUCGAGAUGAUCAGGAUGACUGUGAAGAUAUGAUGAAGACAGAGAUGAUCUGUACUUCUAGUAUGACAACUUCAGGUGACAAUUCAAGGUGUAUAAAUCACAGAAAAGCAGUUAUGGAAUUUCCCCUUAAGAAUGAUGUAGAAGAUAAGGAACUGUUUGCAAAAUUAUUUGAUAUGAAGACACAUUGUGAAUGGACAGACACAAAUACUGCACAAAGGAAUGUGUUUGAGAAUUGGAAGACUGAAAGUAAUAAUGAUAAUGAAAGCUGCAGUUCAUCUACGAAACUACCUGCAGACAAAUCAGAAAGACGUUUGGAAACACAGUCGUGUAACCACAGUAAAACACAGAAAGAAAUAGACAAAGAAUUGCAAAAACUGCAUGCUUUACAGUGUGUGACAGCUGCAAGUCUUGCUCAUGUUGCAUUUUCUUUUGGCUAUGGACAGGAUGUAAUGAAAAUAAUAGAGUAUAUAGAAAAAUUGUCAAAAUCACUAAAUUCUACUGGUGAGGCAGUUGUACUUGCUCUGAGAGGGGCUGUUUUGUGCGAAUAUGGUUAUGUUGGCAACAAAUUGGCAUUGCCCUGGAUUAAAGAGGCACUCAGGCUUGAUCCAGAUAAUUGGGAGUGGAAUCUGUACUGUGCCAAAAUAAUUGGGAGGCUGCGCAGAAAUGAAAAGACAUGCAAUACUGAGCCCUAUGCAGAAGAGAUAGAGAUGCUGAGGAAAGCAGUGGAAUUAAAUCCCACCAAUCCAUCCUGUUUAGUGCACUUAGCCAAUACAUACAGAAGUGUGGCAGGUGCACACUAUAGGCAGAGAAUAGCUGCUCAGGCAGGAUCAGCCUGUGAUGAUCCAUUGUUGAACUCCCGUUUACAGAGAAACUGGAGGAGCAGUCGUAGUUCCUGGCAUCAAGAUGAAGUAUGGAAGCAAAUGCCUAUAACAAGUAAAGACAAUAAGGAAUAUCUCUCCAUGGCAAAGGAAUUGUAUCUUGAAGCUUUGAAAUAUGGCAGAAAUUGCCCGUAUACUAAUGCUAGAUGUGCAAAGGGUCUGUGGUCAAUGCCAAACCCAUACAAAGACAAAAAAAUAGCGCAAGAAACUAUAUUACAUGCAUUGUGUCUUGCUCCGGAUGAUUCCUUGGUCAAUCACCAUGCUGGAAUGUUUUAUGAAUACUGCCACGAUUAUGAAAAAGCUCUCAGCUGCUAUGAAAUAGCAACACAGAAUGGGAAGUUUAAUUAUCCAGCAGAGAUGAACUAUAUCAACCUAAGACUCAAAAUUGCUGCACCAGGCAGUUAUAGUCCUAUAUUCCGUCUCCAUGGGUUACUACACAAGUAUAAUGGAGUAAAUCAUAUGGUACAGACACUGUGUCUUCGUGGCUACUAUCACUAUGAGAUAGAAAAAAUUCUGCUUCUUGCUAUCCAGAACUUUGCGAUGGCUAUUGAGCUUAAACCAGCAAGUCCUAUUUUGGUGGACUUCUACCCAGGACAAAUGCUGAAGAACUAUCCUGAGUCAAUCAACAUAUAUGACUUACUUGAACAAAUUCUGCAGGACUUUGAGGAACACCCAGAACAUGAUGCAAAUAUAGAUAUUGUGAAAUAUGCUACAGACAUUUUAAAAAUGGGGAAUAAAAUGAGAAAUGAAUGUUGUGAUUUCUCCAAAGAAUACUAAGAAGACAAAUGGAGAGUUUUAUGAAACAGGAAUGUCUACCUGAAAUUAUAAGAAUGCAUUUCGUGUAUCUUUCUCUCAUUAUAUGUAUUUUUAAUGGCUGCAAUAAAUAUGGUAUGACUUGAAAUGGA